AAGCGGCGCCCCGUGGCUGGGGCCCGGAGGGGGGGUGCUGGAGGGGGAGGGGAAGGAAAGUCUCCGGGGCCCGAGGCAGGGGAAGGCGACGGCAAGGACGACGGCGCACGACAGCACGAGGACUGCUCCCCUCGGCCGUGCGCUCCUACCCUAAGCACCAAGGCUUGAGCAGGUCCAGGGGGAGAGGCUAGAGAGCGAAGGGCGGUCCCAAAUCCGCACCGGUGCCAGGGCAUACCGGGCCAGCUCUGCGGCCCAGGCCUCACCUUGAGCUGAGAGCUGUCGGACACUGUUCACGAACUGCUCCAGAGCAGACGCCAUGUUUCCCCCCGCUGGUGGCCCGAGCAACAGAGGAGAAGGCGAUCAGCAUCUGGGAGUCAAAGGAUUUCUUCUUUGAACUUGAGCCUCUCCCUGGAGCCGUGGAAGCUGUGAAGCAGAUGGCCAAUCUACAGAACACUGAUGUCUUCAUCUGUACAAGCCCCAUCAAGAUGUUCAAGUACUGUCCCUAUGAGAAGUAUGCCUGGGUGGAGAAGCACUUUGGCCCUGACUUUCUGGAGCAGAUUGUGUUGACCAGAGACAAGACUGUGAUCUCAGCCGACCUUCUCAUAGAUGACCGGCCAGACAUCACAGCUCAUGACCCCUUCCCAGAAAGUAAGCAAGCCACGUAGCUGACAAGGCUGGCAGAGGGAGGCCUUAGGCACGGGGCUGAGCCACAUCCCAGCUGGGAGCACAUCCUCUUUACCUCCUGCCACAACUACCACCUGCAGCUGCAGCCCCCUCGCCGCAGGCUGCACUCAUGGGCAGACGACUGGAAGGCCAUCUUGGACAGCAAGCGGCUCCGCUGAGGACUGUACUAUGGCUCUCUCGUGGUUCAGCAUGGGGCUCACAGCUCACAACUGGACAGCAGGCAGCCCACUGAGGGUUAUGCUGCAGUUCCCUGGUACUUCCUGGAGGAUCCCAGUGAACACUUUGGUCAAAACAACGUCUGACACACUUCCCUUCUUCCCCUAGCCCAGCAAGGCCUUAACCUGAUAGUUGGGACGGGGCUAGAAGAAAGAUGCGUGUUCUCAGAUAAGUUGGUCUGACCUCAGGCAGAUGCCCCAUGCCACUGCCUCUCACUGUGUGCAAUAGGGGUUCUCUGAGACAUGGAAGUACCCUGAUCCAGGAUCUGCAAGACGAGGGGUGCCAGGGACAGACAGAUGACAACGGUUCCCCUGGCAGGCAUGUAGGUACCUCUACUGUAGAAUCUUGUCCAGCUUACAUACUUAGUCUUUCUGGAUUUCCAUGGCCACCAGGCUCUUUUGGAGGCCACCGAGACCCUCCCUACGGUCUCUUGCUCUGGUGUUCUUAGAUCCCAUUAACAGCCCAGAAAGGAGUCAGCAGGUGUGAAUAUUUGUUGCCAAUAUGAAAAAUAAAUGCUACUCACACAUA